CUGAAGCAGCAUCUUAAUCAGCUCUCCUGCUUUGUUUCUAUUGCAGCUGUUAGCUAAACACGGCUAAAGAAAACCUGCUACCACUUCAGGAUCAUCCAUCAGCUGGGACUGAUUCAUCGUGUGUUCUUCACCACCUGGACCUGGACAGCAUGGACACAGAUGUUCCACAGCUGGUGCUGGUUAAAGAAGAAGCUCCUGAAGAACAGAGUGCUGGUGUGGACCAGCAGGACCCAGAACACCUCCACAUAAAGGAGGAACAGGAGGAGCUCUGGACCAGUCUGGAGGGAGAGCAUCUCUGUUUGAAGGAGGAGACUGAAGCUGUCGGGUUUCCUGUUACUGCUGUUUCUAUAAAGAGUGAGGAUGAUGAAGAGAAACCUCUGGUCUCACAGCUUCAUCCGAUGGUUUUUCAGCGUCAUGUCUGUGUAAAGGAGGAGAUUCUGACUGACCAGCAGCUCUCUAACCAAGAGACCACCUCCAGGUUGGACCAGAAGGAACCAGCACCUCCACUGAUAAAAGAGGAACAGCAGGAGCUCUGUAUCCAUCAGCCUGAAGGGCAGUUCAUUCUAAAGCAGGAGAAUGUUACCUUAAUGGUGACUUCUUCUGAAGAAACAGAACGUUGUGAACCAGAACCAAACAAGAACAAACCCUUGUGUCAAAGUUCUACUGAAGCUAAGAACCAAGAUCAGGAUGGAUGCAGGAAUGAAAACUCAGAACCAAACAGCAAUGAAAAACAAACUCAAAAUAAAAGACAUCAACAAACCAAAGAUCAUGGAGACAGUCCGAAACUAAAAAAGCACAAGAGGGUUCACAGAGAUCAGAAACUUGUUUCAUGUAAGCUCUGUGGGAAAUCUUUCAAGUACAAGUGUUUUUUAACCCUUCACAUGAGAACUCACACAGGUGAGAAACCGUAUACAUGUGAAUCUUGUGGUAAAUGUUUUGCUGACAGUGGUUCCUUGACAAAACACUCAAGAACUCACACUGGUGAAAAACCGUAUCCAUGUAAAUAUUGUGAUAAAUAUUUUACUAACAGUAGUGAUGUGACUAAACACAUGAGAACUCAUACAGGUGAGAAACCACAUCAAUGUAAAACUUGUAAUAAAUGUUUUGCUAAUAGUAGUGACUUGACUAAACACAUGAGAAGCCACACAGGUGAGAAACCAUAUCCAUGUGAAUCUUGUGGUAAAUGUUUCUCUCUAAGAGGUAACUUGACUAAACACGUGAAAACACAACACAGCUGAGAAGUCUUUCGCAUGUUUGAUCUCUAGAGCGAGAUUCAUCAGAACAUUUUUGUUACAAGCCAUCUUCCCAAACUAGCUGACUCUUUAACAGAUGUUACGUCUCAGGGUUGACUUGUAUUUCUGUUUAUGCGUGGGCGUGAUAUUCAGUCGCUCUUUAAACUGCCUGCACACUAUAGGAGCUGAUCAGUGAUCACCAUUAACCUAGAUUUUGAUCCCGGCAAACACACUGCUUGCAGCUCAAAGGAAGACUCGGUUCAAACCCAAACACAUCUUUUAGUCACCUGCAGCAUCUCACCUUUUCGGUUACACGACACCAGCGGAGACCCCAGGCACCAAAAAUCCUUUUAAGUUUCUUACAAUAAGAAACCAAGGUUUUUAUUUAAUAGGAUGAAAAAGAUUAAUCCAAACAGAAUCACCCCCACGCAGCGGGUAUGACAAAAAAACACCGAGCUCCACUGAACUCGUACAGAACUCUCCCAGAAUUCAGAACUCCCCCUUGGGCCCCCAUGGUUCCCCCUUUUAUUAUUCCACUUCCCCUCCUUCUUGUCUUCUGUUCGUCUCCAUGGCAACUCUUCCCGCUUCAGGAAGCACUCUGCCCGGCCUUGUGGCUCCUCCCAGCAUCUCUUGCUUGGUGUUCUUCAGGCUUGUGGUCAUCAGUUAACAGGGCGAGGCGUGCCCUUUCCUUGUCUUCUCCAGGGGCCUGCUUAAGCCAACCAUAAACAUAUCCCAGAUGCAGCGUCUACCCUGAAUCUUUAUCGCAUCCUGGUCUAACCCCACAGAGGUCAGUAAAAGGCUAAAGCCACAACAUAUAUUUACCAAAAACAGCAGAGUAGUGAAGCACAUUCAUUAUUUACGACAUUAGGAGAUCAGGAGUCAAAUCACACAUACACAUACACACACAGACCUUUCUCUGACCUCUCAGCCUGGUUUUAUUAACACACAGAUUGAGAGGCAAUCCAGAACUGCUUUUGUUUAAUACACAGGUCUGGAGGAAUUGAAAUCUUUGUUCAACAAUUUUCUUUAACCUGUCGUGUGAAAAUUCCCAUUAGAUAUUUUAUUCAUAUAAUGUGUUUAAAUGUUUUUCCUCACAAAAUAACUGACUUCAAAUGAGAAUUUCUACAGUUAAGAAGUGACAUUAUGACAGUUAAUUAUUGAAACCUUAAAGGUUGAAUAUAACAGUUUAUUUAAAAGCUUUUUUUUUAAACCUUCUGUUCUUGCUACACUACACUUAAAUACACCAGGUGUCACUAUGGUGUUCUUGUUCCAUAUUUAAUUUUUAAAAGUGGACUAGCCUAGUUUAAGCGAUACAAUAAAAGUUUUAGGAUGAGCACUAA